CCUUCUAACAGGUCGGGACAAUGCAUGCGAGAAGACUUCAUACAUGUUUCUGCGGAAAGAACUUCCUGUGCGACUAGCCAACACCAUGAGAGAAGUCAAUUUGUUGCCUGAUAAUUUACUUAACAGGCCUUCAGUUGGGCUAGUACAGAGUUGGUACAUGCAGAGUUUCCUUGAACUUUUAGAAUAUGAAAAUAAAAGUCCUGAGGAUCCUCAUGUUUUGGAUGACUUUUUAGAUGUUUUAAUUAAAGUCAGGAACAGACACAAUGAUGUGGUUCCAACCAUGGCGCAAGGGGUGAUUGAAUACAAGGAAAAAUAUGGCUUUGAUCCAUUCGUUAGCAGUAACAUCCAGUAUUUUCUAGAUAGAUUCUACACCAAUCGCAUCUCUUUCCGUAUGCUUAUUAACCAACACACACUUCUUUUUGGUGGAGAUAUUAAUCCUGCUCAUCCCAAACAUAUUGGAAGUAUUGAUCCUAAUUGCAAUGUGGCAGAGGUGGUUAAAGAUGCUUAUGAAACAGCUAAGAUGUUAUGUGAACAGUACUAUAUGGUGGCACCUGAUCUGGAAGUUGAAGAAUUCAAUGCUAAAGCUCCAAACAAGCCUAUUCAAGUAGUCUACGUACCUUCUCAUUUGUUUCAUAUGUUAUUUGAAUUAUUCAAGAAUUCAAUGAGAGCUACAGUAGAAUUGCACGAAGGUAAGAAAGAAGGCUAUCCAUCGAUCAAAACCUUAGUCACUUUGGGGAAAGAAGAUCUAUCAAUUAAGAUAAGUGAUCAAGGAGGAGGUGUACCUUUAAGAAAAAUAGACAGAUUGUUUAACUACAUGUACUCAACAGCACCCAGGCCUAGUUUGGAGCCCUCGAGAGCUGUGCCUUUGGCUGGGUUUGGCUAUGGCUUGCCAAUUUCUCGUCUGUACGCUAGGUACUUUCAAGGUGACCUUAAACUCUACUCAAUGGAAGGCGUUGGUUCAGAUGCUGUAAUUUAUUUGAAGGCCCUUUCAAGUGAAUCAUUUGAAAGACUUCCUGUUUUUAAUAAGUCAGCAUGGCGACACUACAAGACCACACCUGAAGCAGAUGACUGGAGCAAUCCUAGCAGUGAACCAAGGGAUGCUUCUAAAUAUAAAGCUAAUCGAUAACUUGCCACCUUUUGUCUCUGUUGGAGAUGACCUCUGCAUUCAGUAUAAAGUCUCUGCUUUGUUCCAAAAUCCUUCAAACCACAAUAGCUAAUUACUUCCAAACAAAGACCUAAUCAGGGCAUUGAAAAAUAGUAAGAACAAAGUGAUGAUUGGGACUUACAGGAAGGCACUAAGCACGUUUGGUAUGUGAAUCCUGUCUACUUCACCAGAAUAUGCUUGGUUGCUUCAGUCAUGCAUUGACAAAAGGGAUAGCACUGUGAUUGCACUUAAGAAUACAAUGUUGUAACAAAAAGAUACUAUUUGAAAUGGCCAAUUUUUAUUCCAAUAUAAGGGUUGGCAAGAUGUGCAGAAUCCCUUUUAAAUGGUGAAUAGUAUCUUGCACAGCAAUAUAGUAUAGGAGAAAUUCUAAUGUAGUUAAACAUAUGCUUUGAAAAUCCACUCUGCUGCAUUUUGGAUUGCACAGUGUCACCUCUUACAGAAAAUCCCUUUGAGCUCUUCAGAUUUUAUAUCUAAUGAGCUUAUAAAUGCAUAGUACUAUAAAGGGUUGUGCAGCUUUAAACUGAUGCUUUCCCCAAAUUCCCAAAUCCAUUUGUCAAGUGCAUACAAAAAUUAUGUUAUUAUACUUUGGGAUUUCCACUUCUUGGUAUGCACCUUAAUGAUUUUCUUGACACGCAAACACAGAAAUGCAUUUCUAUACACUUUUCCUUGUUUUGAGGAAAGAUAAGUAGCUAGAUCAUUUCUCCAUACAAGAAAUUCUGUCAAUACAGGGGCAGGGGGUUAUUCAGUUUCAUGUUUAUUGCCUAUUGUUUUGGGGGCUGGGGGGAGGGUGGGGGGUGGGGAGGGGAGAGAAAUGCUGAAAGACCAGACAGCCAGUCAUAGAAAUGAAUUUGCCUUAAGAUUGUUGGUUGCUUGGAACCUGAUAAGUUUAAGACCUGUAAAUAGUUUGCAAAGUUAUUUAUAUAUUCAAUGUCUGACUAUAGUCUGGUAAUCUGAAUUUGUAGUGUAUAUAAAGAUGUUGUACACCAGCUUUUGGAAAGUGUCUUUGGUCUAAAUACAUGAAACUGGAAAUAUCAUAGAAAUGGGAGGGACAAAGCAUAGCUGGUACCCAAUUUAUGGAAAAAAAAUCAAAGAUCAAAAAGCUAAGUAUUUUUCCCUUAAAUUUAUUGUAAGGGUUACUGCUGAGUAUUGGGAAACUGUUCUUCACCAAGUCUUUGCCAAAUACUGUUUCUGGUACUUGUUUCAGAAAAAAAUUCUGAGGUUUAGAGGUUCUGGUGAUACCCUAGCCACGGGAAUGCCAUGGAUGAGUUGUAAGCAACUCUGUACCCUCAGUUUCUCUUAGGUGUUUUGAUAUUUUUUUGAAAGAUAUUGCAGAUUUUAGCAUGGAAAAAUGAAACUCGUUUACUAAAAUUGGGGGGGGGAAACUACCUCUUUUGUCCUCCCAAUAUUUAUUUUUAUAGAGAACUGAUCUGUUAGGUAAACAGGGAAAUGCUGAGAAAUUCCUAGAUAUUUAAGGAAAAAAAAAAUAACUUACUUUGACUUAAGGAUAGUACUUUGCACUUACAUAGCACGUUUCAUCAAAGGAUUACAGAGUGCUUUGAGCAAUAAGCUUCAUACAGCCCUGUUUCUGGGGGGUCGGAGUCCUUACCUUGCAAACCCUUACUCCUACCUGUUGCAGUGGGUUCAAGACUUUGUGAAUAGCUCAUGAGUUUGCAGGGCUGGAGGUUCCAUGGGCUUCUCUACGCUGUGGAGCUCAGUCAUGUUGGAGCAGCAGGUUGUUUUAGUGCACUCUGGUACAGAGUGCUGCUGUGCUGUUGAGAGGCAGAGAUGCCAGGACAGCUGCUGAUGGCUGCCUGACUUGUUAGCUGGUAAGUGGUGUCCUUCUGAGCCAGCAGGUAGCAAGAGGUACAGUGAGCUGAUGGGGCUGUCCUCUUCUGAUCCCAAACAGGACUCUUGACCCUGGCUAAGGGAUCCUUACGUGGCGCGGCGAGGCUGUGGUGCGUGUGGCCUCCUUCUCUGCGCUGCUGCAGAGCAGGCAAAUUGCUAUUCAAGUGAUACAGCUGUGCUGCUGGGGUGAAAUCAGAGUCAUAGUUUGACUGAAACAGCAGUUGGAAGUCACAGCUACUAAAAUUUAGUUACUUAACUUCUGCCCUCACCCAUAACUUCUUACUGUUUUUUAAAUUCAUUUCAAGUUGUCUAUGUUUUCUAGUAAUUGCAGAGGAGGCUUGCUUUAAAAAUAGAAAUUUAUGAUGAAACUAGUGCUUUCCCAGUUGCGUGUGGUCAAUUUUUCCUGGAACAUUACCUAAAACAUUCCAAGGAAUAAGAGUUCAGCUUUUGUUAGAAAUCGUAUUUUGAAGUAAUAAAUCCUGACCUGGUACUUCUUUUUGGCUGUCUCCUUGUACAUGACGGGGAGGGGGAACAGAAAGAAAAGAAAGGAUGUGGGCAUAUUGAACUUGUUUUCCUUAAGUGAAUAUAAACCAUGGAAGCCAAUGAAUGAGAGGUGAAGAUACUGUGGAGGAUGUUAUGGUACAUUAGCCAUUUCACUCUUUGUUCACAAAAACAGCUGGCUGACUUUCAGGCUGCCAUUUCAGGACAUCUAUUUCCAAGCACCCUGAGCACAUACAGACAGGUUAAAGCAGGAAGAUAAGGCACAAGGAAUGCAUUUUCUUUCCGUUUCCCAAGGUCUAUUCGUGGGCAUCACUGUCCGUAUGAGGGAGAAGUAACUUUUCUCCUCACCAACCUUGUCUCGGCAGCCUGUGCUUUAGUGGGGAUCCCAGUUAUGUCAUAAAUUGUUCUUCACUCAUUGUCCUCAUGCCAUGUUUCUACAUAGGGGUAUUAGUCUGAAAAUUGUUUUAGGAAAAAAUCAGCAGCAGACCUUUGAUUAGAAAAGAGUUUUUCACUGGGUAUGCCUGAAAAAUGAGAGUGGAUGGGUUUUUAAUAUGACUUGUUUAACUACAGAUACUGAACUUUUUUUCAGUUACUUCUACCUUUCAUUGGAGUCUGUUAUAACUAUUUGUUUUAAUAUCUCGGGACUGUUAAUUCCAAACUUUCUGAUGAUAUAAAAGUAUAUUUCUUUUUUAUGGAUUUCAGAUGUAUGGCUUGCUAAUGUUAUUGCAACCUGCUUGUCUUGAGUUACAGGACACACAAAUAGGAGGGAAAAAAGACAUUUUCAGUGAAAAUGUUUCAUUAUCUGUUGCGUUUAAUGAUUGACAGAAACAAACUGAGCAAGAGAUGUUUGCUCCCUGAUUCUUCCUGAGAAUUUACAAACAACUUCUAUAUGUUGUAGUGUAACAAAUAGUUUAACUUUUUUGUCCACUGUACAUUUUUCUGGUGUAUGUGUCUUGAACAUAAUCUAUUAAUCCCCUGUCUAGUUUAAUAUUAAUAGAUACUGAAGUCUCUCCAAAUCAGAUAUAUAUUUGUGCUCCCUGCUUUUCUAGGCUUUGUUUUGAGGCUAACAAGGGGACUUUCAGAGUCACCACUUGAUGAGAAAUAUUUAGAAGAUACUGAAAUGCUUAUUUUACAACUUUGCACAGUCUUUGCUUCUGUACUUGACUGUGAUGACCUAGGAUAGUUCUGAGAAGGUCUUUGUCCUGCUGCAGUUUGUGCUACCUCUUGGGCAGUCCUUAAAUCAGGUCCCUUGACACGUGCUUAAAGAGUAUGGAUAUUAAUUUUAGUGUUCUUGGAAAACUCAGGCUACUUCUUAGCUAUGUGAAUUACACGAUUCUCCAACAGGAUAACAUAUUUUUCUUCGUCCUCAGUGGCAUGUAACAUUUACUUUGAAAUGGCUGUUCACUUUCUCCAAAAAGUGGACAGGAGUGACUUUUCAGUGUAGUGCAGUCUCCUAUUCACCUCCACCCAAACUUCGUGUUUAGGAUGAAAUCUUGACCUUGUUGACAUAGAAGACAUUUUCCCACCCACACACUUUUAAUAAGCACUUCUAGAUCCUUAUGUGUUAAGUGCUGCAGAGUGCAAAGUGGUCUUGAUUGAUACAAAUAAUUUUGUAGAAAACAGCCUAAAUGUUUAUUGUCAGUAUUUAUCUCUUGAGGAUGAUAUUCAUGUCUGAUUUGUGUGGUAUUCAGUUUCCUUGUGUGUUUCCUCGGUUGCCAUACAGGUGGUGUGCUUUUCAAUAGCUCUUCAUCUCCUCUCCCUGUGACAUACUCACCUGCCUAUGGAUUAAUAUAUAUAAAUGUGUUUUUGCAGAACUUAAGAGAAUAUGAUGGCAAAUGACAGAACAAUGUAUUACUGAGUUCAAAGGUGAGUUUAUUCACAAAUGAGGAACAUAGUUAUGAAUUGUGUAGCAACUUCAGGGCUGACUCUUGCAAAUACUUGCACAAGUAACAGUGUAUGAGAGUAAUCCCACUUCAAUGAAUCUGUUCUCGGGAUCAGGACUUCAGCUGUUGACAAUUUAAAGCAAUGAAGAUUUGUGUGACUGAAGUGGUUUUCUAAUUAAAAAUAAAUAAGAAAAUUUAAAGUUCA